AUCGGGUGAAUUAUUUGUUGUGAAUUAUUUGUUUCCCUGCAGAGUCCAUUGCUCGUUCGUUUUAUCGUCUUUGGUAUUAGAACGACUCGUUUAUUUCUGUUACGUUCAAUCUCAUCUGUCCUUAUUGCUCGUGUAUGCGACUGCAAUGGCCAAAUCCUUCAUCUCUGAAGCAAGCAACCCAACUCCACGCGCGACUCAUCGUCGCCGGAGCUCUCGUCCAUCCCGUGUCCACAACCCUUUUGCUGAAAUGCCUCACUGGCUUUUCCGACCGCUCUGCCGAUCUCUCCUAUGCCCUAAGUUUCUUCUUUCAAAUCCCGGACCCGUCCGCUUUUCAGUGGAACACCAUCAUUCGGACUUGUUCUAGGAACCAUCGCCCCAGGGAAUCCCUCCAUUUGUACCACCAAAUGCGUCGAAAGGAUGUACCGCCCGACGCUUACACCUUUCAGUUCUUGUUCAAAUCCUGUGGCCUCUCGGCUUUCGUUCUCGAGGGGCAGAUGGUGCAUGGUGUUUCCGUCAAACUCUUUCCCGAACGCUACGGCCACAUCGCGAAUUCUUUGGUCCAUAUGUAUAUUGAAUUCGGGUGGAUCGAUGAUGCGAUGCGGGCAUUUGUACCGAUUGUCCAGAAGGAUGUUGUCUCGUGGACAACGAUCAUCGGAGGUCUUGUGAAGUUUGGCUCGGUGGAUGAAGCUCGGAAGUUGUUUGACAAAAUGCCUGUGAGGAAUGUGGUCUCGUGGACGAGUAUGAUAGCAGGCUAUGCUAAAGCCGGAAGGGCUGAGGAAGCUGUUCAGCUUUUCAAGGAGAUGCUAUCCGAUGAUGUCACGCCGGACACUGUAGCCAUGGCUGCUGUCCUAUCAGCAUGUGCGCGGUUGCGGGAUCUGAAAUUGGGCAAGUGGAUUCAUCAGCUUGUCAUCGAGAAGAGAAUUGGAAUCAGUAGCAAUCUCGCAGUCGCCCUAAUUGAUAUGUAUGCAAAGGGUGGAGAUAUCAAGUCUGCUUAUCAGAUUUUCGAUUCGAUGGAUCACAAGAUUGUACCAGCUUGGAAUGCUAUCAUUGACGGAUACUGCAAGAUGGGCGACAUAGACAUAGGUCGCUCGCUCUUUGAACAGAUGGAUUCCCCUGAUAUCAUCUCAUUCAACUCAAUGUUGACCGGGUACAUCCAGAGCAGUAGGCUUAAGGAAGCAUUGCUCUUGUUUGCAAAACUGCAGAUGUCUGGCUUGCGGCCAGAUAAGUUCACAUUGGUAGGCUUGCUCACAGCUUGUGCUAAUUUAGGUGUGUUAAGCAAAGGCAAAGUCUUGCAUGCUUAUGUUGAGCAGGGACUGGUAAAGCGUGAUGUUUUUCUUGGUACUGCAUUACUGGACAUGUAUGCAAAAUGUGGGAAGAUGGAUCAAGCAAUGUUAGUUUUCAAUAGGAUGGAGGAAAGGGACGCACAGACUUGGACUGUGAUUAUUUCAGGCCUUGCAAUGAAUGGAAUGGGAAAGCAUGCACUUGAGCAUUUCUGUUUGAUGAAGAAUAAGGGUUUAAGACCCAAUGCAGUAGCUUAUGUCAGUGUUCUGACUGCAUGCAGUCAUUCAGGUCUUUUAGAGGAGGGACACAUGUUUUUUGAUGAGAUGAGUAGUCUAUACAGCAUCAAACCUGAGAUUGAGCACUACGGAUGCAUGGUAGAUUUGCUUGGUCGUCGUGGACGUUUGCAAGAGGCAAUUGAACUUAUUGAAACCAUGCCGAUGGAACCAAAUGCAGUUAUAUGGGGGUCCAUGUUAAGUGCCUGCAGGCUAUACAAGAACACAGAGUUAGCAGAGAAAGCAACAAAGCAUCUCCUUGAGUUAGAGCCACAAGAGGAUGCUGUAUAUGUCCAGUUAUACAACAUAUACAUUGAUAAUAAAAGGUGGGCAGAUGCUUGCAAGAUCCGGUGCUUGAUGGAAGAGAGGGGCGUUAAAAAGACUGCAGGUUAUAGCUCGAUUACAGUAGGGGGACAGGUACACAAGUUCAUUGCUGGUGACCAGAUGCACCCAGAUAUUAUGGAGAUUCAAUCUAUGAUAGGUGAGAUGACGGAGAGAUUGAAAUUGGCAGGUUAUUCACCAAUCACAGAACAGAUAUCCGUGGAAAUGGAUGAGGAGGAAAAGGAACAGGCAUUGUUUACUCAUAGUGAGAAGAUGGCAAUUGCUUUCGGGAUCAUGAAAUUGCCAUCCAAUUUGCCAAUUCAUGUUCUGAAGAACUUAAGGGUAUGUGAGGAUUGUCAUUCUGCAAUCAAGCUAAUAUCCAAGAUCUGGAAUCGAUACAUUGUGGUCAGAGAUAGGAGCCGUUUCCACCAUUUUCGAGAUGCCCAUUGCUCUUGCAAUGAUUUCUGGUGAUCCAUUGGAUGGUUAUGCUGGUAUCCUCUAGUCAGAGUGACACAUUCUGGACAGAUUGGAGCCAUUUUAUGCGAUCUCCAAUAUUUGCAUUGCACUUGCAAUGAUUUCUGGCAAUCAUUAUAGAAAUUUCGAAGUUGUUCUGGAGCAGUUCACCCUACCAAAGAAUCUGAUGGUGUCUUCCGACCCAAGAUACAUGCUCAAGUCUACCGCAUAAGCACAUCUUAACAUGGUAGUCAUGGCUGUUAGCCUCAAGCCUAUGCAGGUCAAAUUAGAGCCAGAUCCUGCCUAAGGAUGGAUUCAAGUUUUGUACCAGAUCAGACCAAAAUCAGGGAAGUUCCGGUUCGAGCAAGCUUAAGCAAUAAGGGCAGAUGAUAUGGUAAAGUUGAUUUCCAGAGUUAGUUUUGCCCAACACCGUGCGUCUCGUGCAUGGUAGUGAACCACUACAAGCUAGAGAGAACAUCAUCAUCGGCUGCAACCUCGACAGUAUUGGUUGCAAAGGUGGACUCAUCACCGUAGAGCUUCCGAAGCAACUGCUCCAGGUCAGUAUCGAAACAAAUUUAGUACACAGUUACUACUUGUUUGUCUACUAUCUUUUAUGCUUCUUGAGAACAUGCUUAGAGAGAGUCUGAUACAUGCACGGGAACUACAUCUUCUAAAGUGUUUAGAGAAAAAGGCUAAAAGAACAAUUUGUUCCUGAUAUUAAUGUUUUGGAUAUUUCCAUAUAUAAUACACUAAGAUCACAAAUCAUUCACUUGUGUCAAGCGGAUGGGUGGUAAAGCAACAAGUUGUUCCUGACAUUAAUGUUUUUUUUGUUUUGUCUGGUUAAAAAUUAGCAUCUGUACUGUAGAGACACAGCUGAAGCAAACAAGAGAAACAUCAAGAGAUUGACUAAGCGUCGUCCCCAUCCAUAGUUAAGAUAUUAAAUAUUAGGGCACAUAUUUAUCUCACUGCCGUUUCCCCCAAGAAAGGAUUUCAUUUCUAAAUAGCAGCACGAGUCCUAAAGGUCAAUAGCUUUAUCGUUAAUGGAACACCGUGACAAAGACAUGCUUCAAAACUACUGUUGGAGAGGUCUUUUGCUGUCACGUCUUGCUGUGUUCUUUAUCAAGGAAACAGUGGUGUUGGUUGCGAGGGAUUUAUAGAAAUGAGGUCAAAGAUUAGUGCAGUUGGACGAGAGAUUCAAAGAUAGGUAAGUUCACAGCACAAUAAUAAAUCGAAUAAAUGGAUAGGACAUAAUAUUCCUGUUAUGUCUCGUACUUUGGUGCAACAAAGGAGA